UGCAAAUCGAUUACUGUGCAGAAGGAAAAAAAGAGAAACUAUACCAAAGAUUGCUCAGUUAUAGUGGAUCCGUUGGAGGCAACACAUUGAGAAUCGGAAGAAUCGUCGACAAACCUAAUGCACUUGAUGACGUCGCUGCAGCUAUUGCUGCUACUCUUAUCAGCUCUUAGAGGAAUGUUUGCAUUCAGAUAUCACAGCUACGACUUUAACCAUAGACCUCAUCAAUAUGGUCGCAGCCCCACAAGCGACAAUUGUCAUGAGCAAUCAGUGAUCUCACGCUGGAUCAAUGAGCAGGUGAUAAGACAUGCGAAAAUUACACAAUUUAAUCAGCGAUUAAGUGAAUUAUUGGAUGCCUUGAAUGGAAAUAACACCAAGUCUAAGGAUGAUGGAUUUUGUUGUUUCUAUGAAAAGGAAACCAUGGAUAAACUUUUUAAGGACAUUACCAUCCUCUCAAAGAAGUAUGACAUUGUUGGGGGAGCACAGCUUCAGAAAACAGGGGAUAUAGGACAAGAUCUGGACCUGAUUCUAGACAGAAUGAAGAAUCUGGUUCACAUGGAUAUGAAAAGCUGUUGCGAUCGCUUAUCUAAAAAUCUCAUGGAACUGGAAUCAGACUUUAAGAAACAAUUGGAGGAUCUUCAUAAUAAAGUGAUUGAAAAGAAUAAUGCUAAGGGAACAACUGGAACUGAGUUUAAAGACAACCAGAAGGACCUCGACAAAAGGCUUAAUCAGCUAAAGUUACGCAUAGAGAAACUGGAACAGAAACAGAAGGAUAAUGCUAAAGGAUUGCAAGAUGGAAAAUGUUGCAAAGAAAUAGAUAAUAAACUAAAUGAGCUGAAUAAACAACUAGAGGAAGCCAAGGCAGAUACUGAAAACAAGACAACAACCCUAGAAAAAGAGAUAAAAGAUCUCAAAGAUAAACAAAAGGAGCAAGAGAGUAAAAUAAAACACAUCAAUGAAGAAUUAGAAAAACGUGCUAAAAAUAUGAAAAAAGUAAUCGAAAAAUGUGAAAAGAAUUGCAAUAAUGAACAGAAUGUUAAUGAAUCAAAUGCAUUUGAAUAUAAAACUACAAAUAAAACCAGUAAUUCAGAUAACGAUAUUUCAAAGAGAUUGGAUAAUCUAGAGCAAUUAAUACAACAUCUCAUAGAUAAUCACAAGAAACUUAAUGGUACGAUUGAGACCCUGGCACAAUGUCAUGAUCUUAAAAACAAUCUUACAAAAAUUGAAGAAAAGCUUAGCCAGGUGCAAGAACUUAAGAACAAUAAUAAUCAAAGUAAUUGUCAAACUGAUCAGAUUACAAAGAGUAAAGAAUUAGAGCCAGAAAUCGAAAAGGCUAAAGAUUGUUGCAAAAAUAUUGAAAACUUGGCAAAGGACAGUCGAGAUCUAAAUGAAAAGAUUAUACAGAUGAAUGAGAGCUAUAUUGAUCAUAUAUCUAACCUAGAUGGGGAAAUAGAGGACCUUCACCAUCUACUAAAUGAAGCCUUGGAAAAAAUAGAACAAGAGAGCUCAAAAUUUAACAAUAUUAAAACUAAACUAGGAUUUUUUCCAUACUAUCCUUCGAACUGGAGCAAUAAUCAGAAAUUUGAGGAGAAACUAGAUGUCAUCAAUAAAAAUCUUGAAUUAACAGAAAAAACUCUCAAUGAUAACGAUAAUAAACUAAACAAUUUACAUAACGAAUCAAUGAAAAACUUUGACGAGUUAAAUCAACUUGUUGCUGAUCAGAAAAACGCUGCACAAGAAUUUAACAAAAAUGCAGAAAAACGAUACGAUAAUUUAAGCGCUCAAAAUAAUAACAGUAAGUCAGCGGAUAAAGAUGAUCGGUUGAAUCGUUUGGAAAAACAACAAGAUCAACUUAGCGAGGAUAUCGACAAAGCUCUCCAGCUGGAGAAACGAGUUGAAGAUCUUGAGAAACAGCUAAAAGACGCUUUUGAUAGUGGGAACUCAACGCAAUUGGAAGUUGGUAAAUGCAUCUCAAGGUGUAAGUACUUGGAUAAAAUUGACGAUCUUAUAGAUCGCAUUGAGGAUUUAGAAGAAAAAUCAAGUGGCAAGUCAUCAAAAGGACAAGGACAACAACAAGGAAAGAAGAAUGACAGGCAAUCUGCUAUAGGAGGCGUUGACUAUAAGUAA